AGAGUAGAAAAGCAGAGGAAGGAUUGAACAGAUGCUGUUUUGUAGCUGCAAACCAGAGCAACACAAUGAAGAUACCACCGGCCCUCACCCUGAAUUCCAUUCUUCUGGCUGUGGUUGUCUGUUCUCCAGCUAUCCAGAAGGAGAAGGAAGCAGCUGUUCACAAACUCCUCCUGAUCUCCUUUGAUGGCUUCCGGUGGAAUUACGAUGAGGAUGUAGACACUCCGCACAUGGAUUAUUUGACAAAGGAAGGUGUGAAAGCAAAAUAUGUUACACCUCCCUUUGUGACUAUGACUUCACCUUCGCAUUUUACAAUUAUCACAGGCCGCUGGAUUGAAGAUCAUGGAGUCAUCCACAAUAUGAUGUUCAACACAGAAACUCAACGGAAGUACGGCUUUAAAAAAACCCAGAACAAGACUGAAUGGUGGGACAAUGGAGUUCUUCCCCUCUGGAUCACAGCUCAAAAUCAGGGGAAAAAAGCUGCCUCUUUUCACUAUCCAGGGGGCAAUGCCAACUAUAGUGGUCAGUCAGUCAUGAGAACCUUAGCAGAAUCCUUAACUCACCCUGACAGCAAUGAGACAGAAUGGAGAGAGAACAUUGAUAUUGUCAUGAACUGGUUCACUAAAGAAGAUUUUGAUUUUGUCACACUUUAUUAUGGGGAACCCGACAAUACUGGACAUUUCAUUGGCCCAGAGACUGAUGCCAGGAGAAGAAUAAUUCAACAAAUUGAUCGAACCAUUGGUUACCUGCUCACUGCAAUAGAAAAACAUGGUUUGAAAGACACCCUCAAUGUCAUUAUUACGUCUGAUCAUGGAAUGACCACUGUCAAAAAGAAACCACAGGUUGAAGAGAUCUUUUUGGCCAAUUACAUUAAUUUCACCGAUUUGGUGAAAUUUCACAUCGUUGAUUAUGGAGGGUUUGGGAUGAUACUACCCAAACCAGGGAAAGAAGAGAAAAUCUACCAGGCCUUGAAAAAUGCCCACCCUCAUCUGCAUGUCUACAAAAAGGAUGAGUUUCCCGAACAUUUUCACUAUGCCAAGCAUGAGCGUGUGUUGCCCAUCCUACUUUAUGGUGAUCCUGGUUAUGUGAUCAACGGGUUCUGGAUUAUCUACAUUAACAAAGGUGACCACGGAUUCGACAACAAAGGCAUGGAUAUGAAGACCAUCUUUAGAGCUUUUGGUCCCGAUUUCAAGAAGGGAUAUUUAGCAGAACCUUUUGACAGCAUCCACAUUUAUCCUCUGAUGUGCAAGCUCCUAGGAGUCCAGCCCGAACUGAACAAUGGUUCCCUGGCAUUUACUAAAGACAUGUUCAGCUUGGCAGCAUCAGGCAAAUGCCUUGUUCCUAUCCUAGGUUUUGGUAUGAUGAGUCUUCUCUUUCUCCUGAUGUCCAUCUAGCUCUGACACAGGGUAUAAUCCACCAUCAGAUACGCCAUGCUUUCUCCUUUGCUUCCUAGAGCAGAAAAUGAGUGUUUAAUGGAAAAACAGGGGCAAGAAACAUGUAUCUCCAUAUUUUUAGAAAUCCUUGGAGAUCUGAAAGCAGUACAGGUAGUCCUUGCUUAACAACCACAAUUGGGACCGGAAUUUCAGUUGCUAAGCGAAGUGGUCAUUAAGCAAAUCUGACCCAAUUUUAUGACCUUUUUUGUGGUGGUCAUUAAGCGAAUCACC